AUGACAAUUGCUACGACAUUCACCGCUGCCCUCGCGGCCUUUCUUGCAGCGCAAGGGGUUAUCGCGCAGACGACCACAGCUAUCCCCCGCUGGUGCGGCAAGCCAUACGAGAGCGGCUCUCCGAACAUUAACCCUGGAGGCCAAUUGGAACCGCCGAAACCGUCGCCAACUCCCUUACUCUAUGUGCAGGUCGAGCCGCGACACAGCAUCUAUGUAUCGUCCGAAAAGACUGGCUCGUUCAUUGUCGAUGCGGCGCUGUCAAAGUAUCAUGGAGAGCCAUAUCGCAACUCUACUCAGCAGCUCGGAGGACCAUCGCAGCCGUUUAAUAACUUGUUCUUUACCAUUUCUCUGGAGAACACAGACCAGGUCCUCGUCUCGAAUAAUGUGUCCGUGAACAGCACGAACAAUCUAUUCGAUUUUGAUAUCAGUCAGCUACAACCGCAGUAUGAUGCUUACGAUGUCGUGUUAUAUGGAGCGUCAGAUGAUGGGAAUCAAACUUUCACUGCAACGACGAAAUUGUUCUACUUACCCGAUAAGAAGACCGGGAGUGUCACGAAGAUUGAUAAUCUGAACGGUGGGUUGUUAUUCAGCAACAAUGCAUCAAACUAUGAAUUUAUUCCAUUUCUUGCCUUUGGGUUCUAUACGUCUUGGGGCGGAUAUCUCGAAUUGAGUCUUGAGAAUGUGAAAACAUACUAUGACUUGGGAUACAGCGCAAUUCAUCCAGUAGCAUCAUAUUCGUCGAACGCAUCGUUAAUUUUUGACUAUUUGGACGAGUUAAAUCUCCCGUUCCAGUACGAUAUGCGAGGAACUUAUACAAAUCUGACCUCCGUCGCUGAACAAGUCACUAUGGCUAAAGACUACAGCAGCCUUUUAGCGUGGUAUACUGCCGACGAGCCUGAUGGAAAUCAGGACCCGUUCAAUGCUACCUCUCUUGCUUAUGAUACGAUUACUAAGAUUGAUAAGUAUCAUCCUGUCAGUCUGGUUCUCAACUGCGAGAACUACUACUUCGACAAGUACUCUCAAGGCGCUGACAUCCUGAUGGAAGAUGCAUACCCGAUUGGUAUCAAUGCAACAUGGUCUCAAAAAUGGAACACUCCAUGUAACACGACAUAUGGCGACUGUGGAUGCGACAAUUGUGCGGGUGAGCUCCAGGACGUGUCCAACCGUCUGGAUAUCCUCGCUCAAUAUGAAGAAUAUCUUGGACAAUCCCCGCGGCCUGUGUGGGCGGUGCCUCAGUCCUUUGACGGCGAGCAAUACUGGGACCGUAACCCGACUGUCGAUGAAACAUGGGUCAUGAAUCAGCUAAGUCUGAACCACAAAGCGAAGUCGAUUAUGAUGUGGACUUUCCCCACGCUCGAUGAUUUGGCGACUGCAAACUCAAAGCAGUCCAAGGUUGUGACUAAGUCCCCAGUUCUCGACUUCUUGACUGGUGCUCAACCGAAGGGUAUCUCGGUCGAGGGGCACCGGCUGCUAGAUGUGGCUUACUGGAUCGUAGACAACCAAGCGCUGAUCAGUGUCGUCAAUUUGGGAUACGCUGAUUCGUCGUCGCCGGUUUCCAUUGAAUUGCCAUUCGCUGCCGCUUCCACUGCAUCUACCCCGUGGGGUUCUGUCAAUUGGACAUUGUCUGGAAAUGCGCUGAGCGUGCAGAGCUUGGAUGCCCUCGCCACCAGCCUUGUGAUCUUGGAUCUGUCGUAA